CACACCAUAUGAAUACGACUCGUGAAAGUGCAUCAAAUCGCAUCGCCUGUUUUUAUAAUUUCUCGUCUUGUACAAAAUAAAAGACUCUCUCUCUCUUAAAAUUUCUCUUUCGAUUCUCUCGCAUUUCAAAAUUUCAUUUCCUUAUAUAGACUCUUAAGGCCGGCGAUUUCUGUGAGUCCAUAGAUUUUCGCUACUCCGCCGUCAGUUUUUCUCAACUCCGGAGGCUGUGUUUUUGCCACCGCUUUGAUUCGCCGGUAAGUUCACGUAUGGCCAGUAAUACUUUGAAAGAGAUGAAUAGUCUUCAUGUAACUGAGAAGAUAAGUGACUGUAAAGCUAGCUUGACCAAGCCAUGUGUUGGUAAAAUGAAUGGAAAAUCUGAAGAUAGACCAUUACCAAACUCUGCCUCCUUGGAUUCCAGUGAUUCUAAAGUUGUAGAAGCAGAGAAACCCGAGCCAGAGAUAGCUAUUGUGGAAGUUGAAUAUAUUGAAUCUGAAAACUUGGAUAAUGUAGACGAUGCUGAUGCAGUUCUGAAGUCUGUUUUAGCUGGACUAGAGUCCAAGGACUGGAUUUCACUCUGUGAUGCUCUUAAUAACGUUCGCCGACUUUCGAUAUUCCACAAGGAAGAAAUGAUGCAUAUGCUUGAAAAAGUGAUACCACUUGUCGUGAAAUCACUGAAAAAUCCAAGAAGUGCGGUGUGUAAAACGGCAUGCAUGACAUCUGCAGAUAUCUUCAGUGCAUAUAAUAAUCAUAUAACAGAUCUGUUGGAGCCUCUGCUUACUCAACUACUCCUCAAGUCUUCCCAAGACAAACGGUUUGUUUGCGAGGCAGCAGAGAAAGCUUUAACAGCAAUGACCAAAUAUGUUUCCCCAACCUUGCUGUUACCAAAGCUGCAACCUUGUCUCAAAAACAGGAAUCCUCGGAUCCGUGCCAAAGCAUCAUUAUGCUUUUCUCGAAGUGUUCCUCGACUGGGCGUUGAAGGGAUUAAAGAAUAUGGAAUCGACAAAUUAGUUCAAGCAGCCGCAUCUCAGCUUAGCGAUCAGCUCCCUGAAUCCCGUGAGGCUGCACGGACUGUCCUACUAGAACUUCAGAGCGUAUAUGAAAAAGCUCAUCCUCUCAUCAACCCUGAGACAUCAUCACCAGAAGAACAGCAAAUCCCGGAGGUAGAGCCAAUUACUUGGGAAACUUUCUGCAAGUCAAAACUGUCGGCUCUUAGCGCACAAGCCGUGCUUCGUGUCACCAAUGUUGUCACUGUUACUGCUCGGGAGGGUUUGGUUACUACAGGUUCAUCAUCUUCAUCCCAGUUAUAAACAUUUUCUACUACAAAUUUUUUAAAAACCGUUUGCUACGAGUCAUACGGUUUACAUGGUAUUCUCCGGCAUGGCGGCAUGAUCUACCAAAUUGGCAAAUUAUGGACCGAUAAAAAGAGUGAACGUUCGUGUAUGAAAAAUCUUGGCUUCUUUCUGGGUUAUUUUCUUUUUGUGGAUUCUCAUCUGUCUUCACUACCAGUACUUGUUUCUUUUUCUUAUGUGUAUAUAUUCUAUACCAAGAUUUGGUAAGAUAGUCAUGAGUCUUUUGGUUAUAUGCAAAAUUGGUCGGAUUCUUUGAAGAUUCAGUGAUCAUUAAAUAGAUAGCCAGUCUAUGCUUCU